AACAAAAACGUUAAAAAAGUUAUAAUUGUGGUGAAAAUGCCGUGACGUUUUCUUACAGCACCCUUAAUUUACGGUAUAUGCGUACCCUUUAAAUUCGUCCAAGAUUUUUCACACUUCUUCUAGGGUUUUACAAAGCUUCCGUCUUUCUUCCGCUGAUACCAAAGACCUCUCUUUUAUCCGCGAGCCCUAAAAUCAUGACUCAAUCACAAGAAGAAUUGUUGGCCGCCCAUCUCGAGCAGCAGAAGAUCGAUCAUGAAGAGCCGUUGGUCGAGGAUGAUGACGAUGAUGACGAGGAUGAUGAUGAAGAUGAUGCUGAAGGACAAGAAGAUUCCAGUGGCAGGUCAAAGCAAAGUCGAAGUGAGAAAAAGAGUCGAAAGGCAAUGCUAAAGCUAGGAAUGAAAGCCAUUCCUGGGGUCAGCCGAGUCACUGUUAAGAAGAGCAAGAAUAUCCUUUUUGUCAUCUCAAAGCCAGACGUGUUCAAGAGCCCAAACUCAGACACGUACGUAAUAUUUGGGGAGGCGAAGAUCGAGGACUUGAGCUCUCAACUACAGACACAAGCAGCCGAGCAGUUUAAGGCUCCUAAUGUUGGCAAUGUGGUGCCAAAACCCGAGCCAUCGAGCGUGCCACAGGAUGAUGAUGAAGAGGUUGAUGAGACAGGUGUCGAGCCCAAAGACAUCGAGCUUGUGAUGACUCAGGCUGGGGUAUCCAGGGCUCGGGCAGUCAAAGCUCUCAAGGAAGCAGAUGGAGAUAUUGUCUCUGCCAUUAUGGAGCUCACGAAUUAGCAAAAGCUUUGUCUCUGUGGUGUUUUUUUUAGAAAUUUGACGGGGAUCUGAAGUUGGUUUCGAUUGUUUUGGAUUUCUUACUUUGUUUUAUGUGGAUUUCUGGAUUUUACUUGUUGAUGGGUGUACGAUAAAUAGCUUGCUGGAUUUUGUUCAUUCAAUUCUCUGCAUAUGGGUCUAUUUCUCAUAGAGUUUCGCUAGAAACUCUUUAUGCUGGAUGUUUUUCGUUGUUGUUUUAUGCUGGAUUUGUUGUUGUUUUAUGGUGUAUUUUAUGGUUGCUUUUAUCCAUGUAUGUAUAAAGUGAUGAAUCUUUAGCAGAAAGUAUCACCAGCCAUCUGAAAGUAAGGUGCCACAUUGAGUUCUUG